AUGCCCUUCAUAACUCCGGGCCAGCUUGCCUUUUCGGCCAUGCAAUUUCUACCCGUUCCAAUCCUGGUCUUGGAUAGCCUCAAAACAGUGGUACUGGCUAAUGAGUCCAUGGGAAGGCUACUGGGAAUGCCGUCAGAUGCGACGGGAAAGGGGGAUGAUCUGUCUUCGACAAUGGACCAACUCCGUGGCCAGACCCUGUCUCAAGUUGGUAUCGAUCUUAUCCAGGAUGGCAUGCCGGUUUGGAUUGCAUGGGAGCACUUUUUGGACCAGAUUGCCCUCGAGAUGGGAGUUGGAAACAGCGGGGGAAAAGAAAUCUUGAAGUCUGUUUUGCAAACUGAUCCCGACGGAGACGCUACGCCACGCCAAGCAGAGCUCCCUCCAUCGGCUUCCACUUCUUCACCGCGGUCUAGAUCGACAUCGGCUCAACCAGGAGAUGGCGUGUGUGACGGGGAUGCAGGCAACACAACCUGCCGCCCAUCACCAAACGCUGUUGUGGAUGUGGUCAUAGUCAAGAGAGAUAUCGCCCGGUCAACAUAUCAUACCCGCGCCCGGUCAGAAAGUUCUACAUUCCACGCACAGGCCAAGAUGAUCAUUUCGGUCUGGCAGUUGAGCCCGCAGCAAACCUUUUUUACCCUCACUUUCACCAACACCGAUUCCAAGUAUGUUCCCCCGGUUGGUGCCAAGAAGCUGGCUGGAAGGCGUGACGUUUUGGAUGCUGCUGAAAAAAAGUACCCUUAUAGCAUAAACGACCCUCCCUCUUUGACAUCAAGUCGUGAUUCGCGUUCUCGCUCUCCGUCCUUUCCCCUAAGUCCUUCUGCGGUCGCCAUGUCUUCCAGUCCUUUCCCUCCGCUUGGACCUCCGUCUCACUCUUCCAUCACCAGUGCUCCUUCCAUGCUCCAAAAGAUCACUGUCAUGAAAGAUGCCCUUCUGGAUAAGACACAAACGCCAAUCAUCGCCAUGUGGAAGGACGGGAGUGUGAUCCUUCCCAACAAACCUGCCCGGCGCCUCUCCUAUCCAGACCCUGUGCAAGGCGCUCCCCUCGAAGGUUUCAACCUCUUGUCACAGUGGAGAAUGUGGACAGAUGAUUUCAGCAGACAGCUGGAGACCGAUGAAUACCCAAUAUCUCUUAUGAUCAAAAGUGAAACGCCCUUUGAAAGCUUCAGAGUCGGCAUGCUGGGUCCAGACGGCGAGCGACUAAUAUUCGACGUUGAGGGAGCAGUGAUUAGAGAUGAGAUCACAGGCGAACUUCUGGCGGGUGUGACAACAUGCAGGGACAUCACGCGAAUCGAGCAUGAAAUCAGUCAGAUCAAAGCAGCAGACGAGGAAAGGUUUAGAUUGAUAUGCGAGACCAUGCCUCAGCUCGUGUGGACUGCGGGACCAGACGGCGCACAUGACUUUUACAAUAGCAGGUGGUACAGCUACACAGGUCUGAGCGUAGAAGCUUCGCUAGGCGGAGGCUGGAGAACGGCGUUCCAUCCCGAUGACUUGGCCGAGGCUGACAAGCGAUGGCAAAAUUCAACUCGAACCGGCGAGCCAUAUGUGAUAGAGUACCGGUGCCGCAGCAAAGAUGGCGAGUGGAGAUGGUUCCUUGGCCGUGCGCUGCCUCUGAAAAACAAACAAACAGGGGAAAUUGAAAAGUGGUUUGGAACCUGCACUGAUGUGCACGAAACUAUGGAAGCAAAGCUCGAAGCCAAGCGGACAAGACAACAGCUACGUAGCGUCAUUGCUCACUCGCGCAUGACCAUGUUCGCUGUUGACCCCAAUCGAAAGGUUACCUUGCUGGAGGGAUCGUUAAUAUGGGAUGCUCUCUCGCCGGAGUGUGGCAGCUCCUCUUGGUUUAUCGGGAAGGAUGUUUACGAAGUUUUCAACAACAUCAACCAACAAUUACCGGAUGGCCAAACGCCUGCUUUUCUGCAGCCUCUUGAGUCCAUACUUGGCGGAAAGUCACCGGUGGAACUGCAGGACCACAAGUUUGCAGGUAGAUGGUACCGCACCGGUUUUCAGCCCAUUCUCAGGAGAGAUCCUCUUACCGGAAACUCAACAGAGGAUUUCAUCGAAGGCGUCAUGGGCUUUAUAAUGGACGUAACCGAAUUAAAGGAUCGCGAAAGGGACAUUGAGGCUCAAGCACUGGAGAAGAGACAACUUCUAGCCAAUGAAGCAGCCGCAAAGGAAGCAAGCCGGCUCAAGAGCCAGUUUUUGGCCAAUAUGUCUCAUGAGAUUCGGACACCCAUUACCGGUGUGAUCGGAAUGGCGGAAUUAUUGCUUGAUGUUGAGCUUGAUGCUGAGCAACGAGAGCUAACGGAGAAUAUUUUCCGUUCCGCGAACGCACUUCUGACUGUAAUCAACGACAUUCUUGACUUCUCAAAGAUUGAGUCUGGGCGACUGGAUAUCGAAGAAGUACAGUUUUCAUUAGCCGUUGUUAUUCAGGAGGUCGGCAAGAUGCUUAGCUUCACCGCUGAGCGGAAAAGCUUAGCCUUUAACUACGAGAUUUGUUCAGAUAUUGGGAUUGAUCUCGUGGUUAUGGGAGACCCUGGACGUGUGCGGCAAAUCAUCACGAACCUGGCCACGAACAGCAUCAAGUUCACACAUGAGGGUCACGUUAAGCUACAUGUCUCUGUCGAACAGGAAACGAACGAUACUAUUGAGGUCAAGUUCGUGAUUCAGGACACGGGCAUUGGUAUUGAAGAAGAAGUGCUCAAACGGCUCUUCCAGCCUUUCAGUCAGGGAGAUCCCUCGACAGCGCGGAAAUUUGGGGGUACCGGUCUAGGGUUGACCAUUUCCAAGAACUUGCUGGAACUGAUGAAAGGGCGCAUGGCGCUCGCAUCCAAAAAGGACGAAGGAACUACAGCCACGUUCUGGAUCCCAUUCAAAAAGCCACAAAAAGCACAGUCGAUUACCGGCCCGCUAUCUGACAGAUUACAGAGCGAGACAAGCGUGUCUUGUAUCUGCCCGGCUCCGGCUGACCAGGAGUCAGGUGCGCUGAGCGGCGAGCAGAGGUUGGCAUGGAGACAAUCCUCGACAAGCCUCUCCCCCACCACCUCGCAAGAGGAGCUCUCCAUGCCGGACCGCAGCAAGAUCUUUAUCCUGGUAGUCGAAGACAACGAGAUCAACCAACAAAUCGCCAUCAGGACGAUCAGAAAACUAGGCUUCCAAGUCGCGGCCGCCUGGAACGGCAAGGAAGCUCUCGAAUACCUUUCUAAAGCCAGCACUGGCAAGAAACGGAAACCGGACAUCAUUCUGAUGGACGUACAAAUGCCUCUGAUUGAUGGGUACCUGUGCACCCACCUCCUCCGGCACCACGCCCCGUACAGAAGCUACGUGAGAGAUGUGCCGAUCGUGGCCAUGACCGCCUCGGCAAUCCAAGGCGACAAGGAAAAAUGCAAGAGGGCGGGCAUGGAUGAUUACCUGUCCAAACCUGUCAAAAGGACAACGCUCGAAAGGAUGUUGCUGAGGUGGUGCACUACCAAAAGGGAAGAACUCUCGCCGGUUACAUCGCAAUGCACAGAGUCUGGUGAGCAUUGUCAGAGUGCUGGUAUUCCUGCUGUUGGGCUGAAUGAAGAGCCGUCUGAAUUGGACUUGAAUGCGUAUGACAACGUUGAUGAUCAUGAAGGGUCGAAUCUUGCUACGCCUGUGGGUCCUGGCCGAGUUGCAGAGGGGAUGUCUCCAGGGGGUGGUGCUGAGGUUGAGCAGUCUCCGACGGCGGGAUACUUUUCGUCAGGGUCAGGUUCUGGACACGGCGUGCCAGACGCGACAAAACCAACAGGAGACCCUGGUGAGCAGACAGGGCUUGGUCAAGCUGAACAGCUUCUUGAUGCCAGUUCGCAUCACCCAUCACAACCGAGCGUGGCAGAUAUGACGACAAGUCCGGCCUCGAUAGAGCGGAGGGAAGGAGAGGCGUUGACGGAGGAAAAUCUGGGCAAGCUGCAGGAAGAACAAAACGAAGAAUUGCAAAGCAUCUAA